ACGUCUAAAACGUGUUCAUUUCUUCAAUUAAAAAUUUUUCCUUCAUGAACUGAUCUUUGUUUGAUCCUCAUAUCAAUAGAAUUCAGUAUUAAACCAACUGCAUGUUUAUCCAAGAGAGUCCCUAAAAGUGUCAUUUCUGUAGAUGGGGGUUCAAUCUUGAAAAUGUUUGAGAAAUGUAUUUAAAAUUACUAGACCUCAUAAUAACAGCAGGUUGGUGUUUUUCGCUGAAUAAAGCAGCUGUUAUUACCGUUGAUACGCCGCUGGGUCUCUACGGAGGGUGUUAUCUUACUUCCAGACUAGGAAAAACGAUAUACACUUUCAGAGGAAUAAGAUAUGCCGAACCUCCUAUAAACGAAUUGAGAUUUAAGCCUCCAGUCCCUGUAAAGCCGCACAAUGGUAUUUAUGAUGCUACUAAAGACGGUCCUGUUUGUCCUCAACCUACAAAAUUUAAAAUAUCUGAGGAUUGUCUGCUCCUUAAUGUUUACACUACAUGUAUUAACAUAACAAGGAAAAAACCAGUAAUUGUUUAUUUGCACGCCGGAGGUUUUUAUAGUGGUUCUAGCAGAAGCGAUUCCCAAGGACCUCAAUAUCUAUUAGAUCAAGACAUCGUAUUGGUCACCAUAAACUAUAGACUUGCCACACUUGGAUUCCUCAGUUUAGGUUUACAAGAAGCUCCUGGCAACAAUGGCUUCAAAGACCAAGUCGUAGCUCUGAAGUGGAUCCAGAGUAACAUAUAUGCUUUCGGAGGUGACCCUGAUUUGGUCACCUUGGCUGGCUGCAGCGCAGGAGCUGCUAGCGUUUCCUUGCACAUGGUUUCACCAAUGUCUGAAGGUCUCUUCCACAGAGCGAUAAUAAGUAGUGGAUCUUUUUUGAGCAACUGGCUCAUACCUAAAGAUCAGUAUGGUUUAGCCCAGAAACAAGCCAGUAUAUUUGGCUGUAUACGAUAUGAAACGACAAAACAUCUUAUGGAUUGUCUGAAUAACGCUACCUCUCAACAGUAUGCCGAUUCUGUGAUGAAAUUCAGGGAAUUUCACAACGACCCUGUAAUUAUAUGGGGACCAGUUUUAGAGGACGAUUUUGGACAAGAAAGGUUCUUAAUUGAGCAUCCUAUAAAAUCUGCUUGGUAUGGAAAUUUCACGAAAAUUCCCAUAAUGGCUGGCAUCACAACAAAAGAAUUCGGCUACGAAGCUGUAGACAUACUGCUGAAUCCAGAUCUACUGAAAAAAUUGAACAAUGAAUGGGAGAAAUAUGCACCAAUCGUUUUCAUGUAUGAACAGAAUUCGAUUAAGUCAAAAAAAAUCAGUGAAGGCUUGAAACACGCUUACUUUGGCUACGAACCAAUCGACUCCAACACAACAUUGUACCUACAACAACUUUAUGCCGAUGGAAUUACUGGAUUUGGUGUCAACAGGGCUGUCGAGCUGUUUUCUACGAAAAACGACAAUCCAGUGUAUUACUACAACUUUGCUUAUCCUGGAAGAUACAGUCAUUACCGUUGUCCUUGCAGUAAUAACACUAUUCAUUUUGGCGCUGUACAUCAAGAUGAUCUCAUUUAUCUCUUUCAAAAUGCUGAUACAUUCCCAAAAUUCACUGAAAAAGAUCCAGAAACAAAAAUGGUGGAUCGGUGGACAUCAGUUUGGGCAGAUUUUGCGAAAACAGGGGAGCCUCUACCUAAAGAGCCGGAAAGGUUUGACAGAAUCACCUGGGAACCUUAUAAACCGAACAAGGAGAGAUAUUUAGAAGCUGGUCAGAAGUUUGAGAUCAAAGAUGGCCUCAAUAAACCGUGGUACCAAGUUUGGAAAAACUUAUUUCCACUUGUUGAUUAUUUUGACUUGAAAAAAAGAGAGCAAUGUUCUAUCAUUUCGAAUAGUAAACAUUCCAGAAUGAUUUCACGAAGUUUUCCUGUCUUCAUUUUCUUGGCAUUGACUACAACAUGUCAACAAUGUUCAAAUCCAAUUGUAGAUGCUCCUAAAGGAAAAUAUGAAGGAUCUCGUCUAACCUCUAGAUUAGGAAAAACCAUAUGCGCCUUUAGGGGAAUCAAAUAUGCCCAAGCACCAAUCAAUGAACUAAGAUUUAAGCCUCCUGUACCUACAACGCAGCACGAUGGCAUAUACGAUGCCAAAAAUGAUGGUCCAGUUUGUCCACAAAUUACAAAUGACCCAAUCUCAGAAGAUUGCCUGCUUCUGAACAUAUACACCACCAAGUUGCCUACAGAAAAUUCAAACCCGAGAAGGCCAGUUAUCAUAUACCUUCACCCAGGAGGGUUCUAUGAAGGUUCUGGUAGAAGUAACUGGUUCGGGCCUCAUUAUUUUAUGGAUCAAGAUAUCGUCUUGGUAACCAUCAACUAUAGACUUGGAGCUCUUGGUUUUUUGAGUACUGGCGAGAGGGAAGCUGUAGGAAACAAUGGCCUCAAAGACCAAGUAGUUGCCAUGAAAUGGGUAAAAGAAAACAUCGAAGCUUUUGGUGGUGAUCCCAAUUCCAUCGCCCUAUUUGGAUAUAGUGCAGGUUCAGUGAGUGUCAUGUUACAUUUGAUGUCACCCAUGUCUGAAGGACUGUUUCAUAAAGCCAUCAUGGGCAGUGCAUCAGAACUCAGUAAUUAUCCAAUUGGUAACAGCCAAAUUGACCUGGCAAGGAGGCAAGCUAAGAUCUUAGGAUGCCCUUAUGAUACUUCAUCAAAUAUUGUUGAGUGUUUGAAAGGCAAGUCUGCUAAUGAGUUGGGAGGAUGUUUGAGAGAACUCAAGGAAUUUGGAGUAGAACCGGUCCUUGUGUGGAAGCCUGUGAUUGAGCCAGAUUUUGGACAAGAGAGGUUCCUCACAGAUCAUCCAAUCAAACUAGCACUCCAAGGAAAGUUCCGAAAAAUGCCAAUGCUUGCUGGAAUAACCAAUCAAGAGUUCGGACAUAGAGCAGAAUUACUGAUUGAAAACAAAACACUGUUCGAUGAGAUAAAUAAAAAUUGGGAGAAAUUAGCUCCAAUAGUGUUUCUGUAUGAAAGAGAGACAGAGAACUCCAAACAAAUAAGUAAGGCUCUAAGGUUUUUCUAUUUUCCUGAUGGCAUCAUGGAUAAUUCAUCAGUUGAUUCCUUAUCAAAGUUAUAUGCUGACGCCCAAACUGGCUGGGGUAUGAAUAGAGCUGUCAAGCUUUUAUCAGAGGAUAACAAAGAAUCUGUGUAUUACUAUAAGUUCAGCUACCAAGGAAGAUACAGCCAUUACAACCACACAGAAAACAAUCAAACAGUUCCAUAUGGUGUUGGUCAUCAUGAUGAUCUCAUCUACCUUUUCACUAUGCCAGAAAGAUUCCCUAGUUUCCAGAAUACUGACCCAGAAUACAAAAUGGUGGACAAAAUGACUAAAUUAUACGCCAACUUUGUCAAAACGGGCAAACCUAUUUCUGAGAUUUGUGAAGAACUGGACUCAACAGAGUGGACACCGUUUGAUAGCCAAACUGGAAGCUAUAUGGACAUUGGAGAAAACCUGAAUAUGUCAACGAAACUUUUUGAGAAACGUUAUUCUGAAUGGGAAAAAUUAUUUCCGCUCUCAUCCUAUGAGAAUCCCACUCUUGUAACUUAUUGAAAUAAAUCGGUUUUGUAAGUUGAA